GCGCCCUUCGCCAGCAGCGACACAGACAAACGCUAGUAUGGGGGAGUGUGGAAAAUGUUACGGUUAUGGCAAACGGAGAGAGGGGACAGGAAUUAUAUAGACACGAUAACCCGGAGAAGAAACUGGGUCAGCGAAACAACGGGGGACUUCAUAAUACGUCCAAAAAUAGCCUCGAUGUCUCCCUUCAAAUGUUUAUCUAACCUCCAGGUGAGUUUUUCCGCUACAAAGGACCGCGCUUAAUGUUUUAGCGAAUCCGCAUGCAGCUGUUUGCCGGAGAUCUUCGCGUAGCGUCUUGCUGAGCAGCGGCUCAAAUCAAUGAGAACGGCCUGGUCCGCCUCUGCCUGGCUUUCAUUGCACUGCUGACCGACCAUCGGCCGUCUGGGGCGGGUAGACUACGCACUCGAUCGGGCCGGAUUGCACGUUCACCCGCAUCUCUCGUGUCAGACAUUUUGACACAAAAAAAAUCCCCCCCUUCGAUCGGAUGGAGUGAAUUGCACGUGAAGAAGAGACAGACCGCAGUUUGGUUGCGUGUGAUGAUAGGAGACACAAUGACGUUGUUGUCUCUUCUUGGUCGGAUCAUGCGUUAUUUUCUGCUCAGGCCAGAGACAUUGUUCCUGUUGUGUAUAAGCCUGGCCUUAUGGAGCUAUUUCUUCCACACCGACGAGGUGAAGACCAUCGUCAAGUCGAGCCGCGACGCUGUGAAGAUGGUCAAGGGGAAAGUGGCGGAGAUGAUGAUGAACGACCGGCUGGGCGGCCUAAGUGUGUUGGAUGCCGAGUUCUCCAAAACAUGGGAGUUCAAGAACAACAACGUGGCGGUGUACUCCAUCCAGGGGCGGCGGGAUCACAUGGAGGACCGCUUCGAGGUGCUCACGGACAUCACUAACAAAUCCCACCCGUCCAUAUUUGGGAUCUUUGACGGUCACGGUGGAGAGGCAGCGGCUGACUAUGUGAAGGCCCAUCUGCCUGAGGCCCUGAGGCAGCAGCUGCAGGCAUUUGAGCGCGAGCGGAAAGAGAGCUCACAGUCUUACGCCAGUAUCUUGGAACAGCGAAUCAUGGCAGUCGAUCGUGACAUGCUGGACAAACUCUCAGCCAAUCACGAUGAAGCAGGUCAGGAGCCGGGGAUGAUUGGAGGCACCACAUGUUUGGUAGCACUGCUAUCAGACAGAGAACUAACGGUGGCUAAUGUUGGAGAUUCGCGUGGUGUUUUGUGUGACAAGGACGGCAACGCCGUUGCUUUGUCACAUGACCACAAACCAUACCAGCUGAAAGAGCGUAAAAGAAUCAAGCGUGCAGGGGGCUUCAUCAGUUUCAACGGCUCCUGGAGGGUCCAGGGUAUCCUGGCCAUGUCCCGCUCGCUGGGCGACUACCCGCUGAAGAACCUCAACGUAGUCAUCCCCGACCCCGACAUCGUGACCUUUGACCUGGACAAGCUGCAGCCCGAGUUCAUGAUCCUGGCUUCGGACGGCCUCUGGGACGCCUUCAGCAACGAGGAGGCGGUGCGCUUUGUGCGCGAGCGGCUGGACGAGCCGCACUACGGCGCCAAGAGCAUCGUCCUGCAGUCCUUCUACCGCGGCUGCCCCGACAACAUCACCGUCAUGGUGGUGAGGUUCAAGAGUGGCGGCGGCGGCAAGGGCGGGGCUAAGAGCGGCGAGUGAGCCUGCGCUGUGGUUCUGGCUAGCCUUGGCCCACUCCUACUACACCUGGGGCAUGGACAACACCACCAGGGGGGGAGGAUGGGUCGCCGCCACCGGCGCCCUGAAUGCUCUGGUAUUAAACCCUAUUUAAAAAAAAAAAAAAAUCUGUAUAUAAAAAAAAUUGCAUCUUGAAGGAUCAAAUACACUGAAUCUCAAAAAGAUAUCGUCGCACCCGAUCCGAGGUGAUUUCUCGAAACCAGCACGUGAGACUGUGAUCGAUCUACUGUUUACUGGACAUUGGGGUACAUGUAUGCUACCGCUUUACCUUAGAACAAACACACACACACACACACACACACACACACACACACACACACACACACACACGCUGCACUUUCAAGAUUUAUUUUCAUGCGGAAUGACUACUCCUUGCAUAUCAGCCCACGUAGACGCAAUAGAAAGGGGAUGUCGUGUGUAACGUAUGUGUGCCCUGAUUUAGACCCAAACUCCCCCCCCCCCCUCCCUAAGUAUGCAGUCGCGAUUGGGCUUAACCAUCCCACAUUAAACGGAUGCAUGCCGUCCAUAUCAGGGCAUGAGGUGGUGUGAACGGCUGUGACUUGAUGCAGCUGUUAUAAAGAGAAAAAAAAACGACACGUGUAUAAUGCAGCCGUGACGUGAAUGUUAUCUGCUUGUAAUGCCAUGCCGCUUAAGAAGCAAUAUGACGGGGGAAAAAAACACACUUUUCUUUUUAUAUGCGAUCAUAUUUGAUUGUAAUUGAUUUACUACUGAUUUGAAUCCUACUUUUUGUUAUCAAGUGUUAUUUUUGUUUGCAUUAGUUGUAUUGAGAGAAAUGAUAAGCCUAUUUUUCUUAUUAUUCUUUAAUAAGCUACCUUAAUGCCUUAUUUAAAUCUUAAAAUCCGCCCAACACACAAUUUAUGAAGAUUAUGUAUGUGAGAUCUCAGUAUUGAAAUCGUAAAAUGUUCAUUGUGAACGUUUUAUUCAUCUGCGUGACAGUCUGCCAAUAAAUUUUAUUUUGCUGGGUUGUUUUGAAA